AUGGCAACCGCAGCAGGAAAAGUUGGAAAAUCAGUUCACCGCAUUUUUGUGGGAAAUCUACCUUGGACGGUGGGUCAUCAGGAGUUGCGAGGCUAUUUCAAAGAAUUUGGUCGCGUACUCAACGCCAACGUAAUCUUUGACAGGAAAACCGGCUGCUCCAAGGGCUACGGCUUUGUCAGCUUCAACAGUUUGCAGGCCCUCGAAAAGAUUGAAAACGAACAGAAGCACAUACUGGAGGGCAAUUACUUGAAUAUACAAAAGUCAUAA